AGGCGGGGCGGCCCUGCACAGCUCCCCCAGCGUGUACUCGUCCAGUUGUUCUGGUGCAGUGUACAUGCGAUGUGCUCCCAGUACAGAGUUACCAGUGAAUAUGAGUGAUAAUAUACCUUUACAGUGAGAGUGUUUCUUGUGUAUAUGGAGUCAGUGUUAGUGCUUAAUCGGUGACGACAAUGGAGGUAACGGAGACGACGGAGGAGAUAAACCUGACACCUCAGGAGUUACAAGUUCUCUCGGAACUUGACAGUCGCAAGUUUGGCUUCGUCAAGUUGAGUGACCCGGCCAACUGUAAGCGGCGGGCGCUGGUGCUGAAGGCGGUGCGGUACCUCGAGUCCCUCAUCAUCCACGCCAACAACAACAACAACAACCGCCCUAAUAACAAUGAGGGCAGCACGGAGCUCGAGUCCAAGAAGUGUGCCUUAUCGCCCACCACCACUUCUACCACCACCUCCACCACCACAACCACCAUCAUCAUCAAAAAGGAGACUGAUCUCUCCACCACCACCUCCAACAACCCUCCCUCUGACACGACCCUGCUGGAGGCCAUCUCCCAGGAGUAUGAGGAGGACGAUGACAGCUCCUCCAGUAAGGUUAACACCACCUCCACCAGUAGCCAAAGUGCUUCUGACACUGCCAUCAGCAUCGACCCGAGGACUUACUGCAAGCUGGGGCAUCUCCACCUCCUCCUCGAGGACUACCCUAAAGGUAAGUGAUGAGUAAUAUUAA